CGAAUCGUAUCGUCUCUCGGUCUACCUAGCAUACAUGACAAAAGAGUUGGCGACGAGGAUGGGAUUUUCGAACAUUAGUUUUGAAUCUUAUGAUGCGUCUGUGGAAGACUGGUCCAGUUAUGUGGAACGUUUAGAAUCUUACUUCGUUGUUAAUGGGAUCGAAGAUAAAAUGAAAGUCCCUGCUAUUUUAAGCCUUAUGGGAGCAACAACGUAUAAAUUGUUAAAGAAUCUGGCCACUCCGAACAUUCCUUCUGAAUUGAAUUAUCAAGAUAUCGUAAAAUUACUUUCGGAACAUUUGAAUCCUAAACCACUGGAGAUGACAGAACGGUUUCGUUUCUACAAGAGGAAGCAAUUUGAAGGUGAGUCCAUUGCAAAUUAUUGUGCCGAAUUACAAAAACUGUCGAUACACUGUAACUUCGGGAACAAUUUAAGUACGAUGCUUCGUGAUAAAUUGGUGAUGGGUCUCAAAAACGAAAAUAAACAGAAAAAGCUGUUAGCAGAGGAUAAGUUAACAUACGAAAAAGCUAAGAAAUCAAAUGGUAUCGAUAAAAAAUUACAUAGUUCGCAAGAUAAAACUAUCAAAAAAGAUUUUUCUAAAUUUAAGAAAUCUGAACCUACAAAGAAGUUUGAUAAAUCUCGGAAAUGUUACAGAUGUGAUAGUACUCAACAUUUAGCUCACGAAUGUAAGCACAAGAACACUCAGUGUAGGAAUUGCUUAAAGAACGGGCAUUUGGCAAAAGUCUGCCGCUCAAAACAUACUGGAGCUGCUAUUAGUUGUAUGAAUGUGAAUGAAUUUAAGAAACUUUGUCCGGAUGUAGCCAUUAAGCCUACCAAAUUAUUGCUUAGGAAUUUCGAUAAUUCUAUGAUAACAGCAGCUGGCCAAGCAGUGGUGCAAAUUCAAUACAAAGAUCAAAUUAAUACAGAAACUAUUUAUUUGGUACAUGCAAAAGUAAACGCAGUUUUUGGUCGUGAAUGGUUGAGAAAUUUCCAAUUAGACUGGAGCUCAAUUAAAGCAGUUCGGGCUGGAAAUUGUAAUUCUCGAACCAAUAAAUUAAAUAUCUUGCUUCAAAAGUAUGAGAACAUUUUUUCUCCGGGUAUCGGGAAACUGGAAAAGUUUUGUUGCCGUCUUCAAAUGAAACCUAAUUACAAACCGGUAUUUUUUAAACCUCGACCAGUACCAUUUGCUUUAAAAGAAAGAAUAGAAACUGAACUUAAGAGGUUAGUUGCAGAAGACAUCAUUGAGCCGGUGACAUAUAGUGAGUGGGCUACACCAAUUGUUCCUGUUAUCAAACAGAAUGGGAACCUACGAAUCUGUGGUGAUUAUAAGGUGACUAUCAACCCGGGACUAAAAAUUGAGCAAUAUCCGUUACCCCGUAUCGAGGACAUUUUUGCUGAACUGGCAGGAGGGGAGUUCUUUACUAAAAUCGACUUAUCUGAGGCAUACCUUCAAAUGUUAGUUGAUGAGCGGGACCGACAUCUAUUGACGAUCAAUACUCACAAGGGUUUGUUCCGUUACAAGAGAAUGAAUUAUGGUAUAGCCUUAGCUCCGGCAGUGUGGCAGAGAGCCAUUGAACAAGUUUUAUCAGGCAUCGCGGGGGUACACGUAUUUUUAGACGAUAUUACCGUAACGGGGAGAAAUGAUCAAGAGCAUUUUGAAAGGUUAGAAUUAGUACUACAGAGACUAGAAGAAUAUGGUCUCAGAGUAAAUAAGCGGAAAAGUGAAUUUUUUAAGAAAUCUGUGAAUUAUUGUGGUCAUACAAUUGAUAAAUUCGGCCUCCACAAAACACAAGACAAAAUCGAUGCAAUUACGAAGGUACCAGUUCCAAAAACUGUAUCUGAUUUGAAGAGUUUUUUGGGUUUAGUUAAUUACUACGGAAAAUUUAUUCCCAACUUAUCUACUCGUGUCGCUCCUUUCAAUAAUUUACUGCAGAAAGGUACUAAAUUUUUGUGGACUGCAGAAUGUGAAAAAGCUUUCAAGGCAUUGAAACAAGAAAUUGCUUCAGACCGAAUUUUAUGCCAUUAUGAUCCUAAGUUACCUCUUGUAUUACAAACUGAUGCAUCACCAGUUGGAAUAGGAGCAGUUUUAAGUCACAUUAUGCCAGAUGGUUCAGAAAAACCAGCAAUGUUUGCAUCAAGGUCAUUGACUAAAACGGAACGUAAUUAUUCGCAGAUAGACAAGGAAGCAUUGAGUAUCGUAUGGGGAGUAAAGAGAUUUUAUCAAUAUUUAUUUGGUCGACAUUUUGAUCUCGUAACCGAUCAUAAACCCCUAGUAUCAAUUUUCGCACCUAAUCGUAGUUUACCAUGUCUAUCAGCAACACGAAUGGUUCAUUAUGCACUUUUUCUCCAAGCAUUCAGUUAUACAAUCAAGUAUCGAAAUACAAAGAAUCAUGGCAAUGCAGAUGCACUUUCACGGUUACCACUAGCAGUUGACAAGGGCUGUGAGUACUUGACUGAAGCAGACGUGACAAAUAUUUCGCAAGUUGAAUUAAUGCCUGUUACAGCAACCGACAUAGCUAGAGCUACUAAAACUGAUAGGAAAUUGUUCGAACUGUAUGAAAGUUUAAAAUCUGGAACUGAAUUACCUGUGCCUUGGAAAGGUAGAGAAUCUGAAUUUUCAUUGCAAAAUGGUUGCAUAAUGUACGGUCAUAGAGUAUGCAUUCCUGAAAAGUACCAGAAUCAAGUUUUGGAAGAACUUCAUGUUGGACAUCCUGGAAUUGUCAAAAUGAAGGCCUUAGCAAGAAGCUACUGCUAUUGGCAAGGUAUUGAUGCCAGUAUAGCCAAUUUUGUUAAGAACUGUUCAGCUUGUAUCGCAACGAGGAACGAACCAGCAAGGAUAAAUCGACAUCCGUGGGAAUGGCCAAAUGGACCUUGGCAAAGGAUACACGUUGACUACGCUGGUCCUUUUAUGGGUAAAAUGUUUUUUGUAGUCUCUGAUGCAUAUUCGAAGUGGAUAGAAGUCAUUCCGAUGAAAAAUAUUACAGCUAGUUUUACAAUUCAUCAUCUUCGUAUUCUUUUUGCUCAUUAUGGAAUUCCCUUAACUUUGGUUAGUGAUAACGGCGCAAGUUUUACUAGUUACGAAUUUCGACAUUUUUUGAAACUGAAUAAUAUUAAACAUAUAACUUCAGCACCUUACCAUCCUGCUUCGAACGGACAGGCAGAAAGAAUAGUGCAGUUGUUCAAAGCUUCGUUGAAAUCCAGUAGAGGUGAUUCUGGAGAUCUAAAUGUGAAAUUACAAAGAUUUUUAUUACAGUAUAGAAUAACUCCACAUUCACUCACGGGAGAAACUCCGAGUGCCUUGUUUUUGAAGAGAUGUAUUCGCACUAGGCUUGAUCUUUUUAAACCAAAUUUGAGAGACAAAGUUGUUCAGAAACAGAGUUCGAGACUUAACACAGAAUCUAUCUUGCGUGAGUUUCAGGAAGGGGAGAAAGUAGCCGUAAGAAAUUAUUCCGGACCUAACAAAUGGAAAAUUGGAACAAUUAUAAACCGAGAUGGAACUUUGAGUUAUAGCAUACAAGUUGGAAAUGAAAUUUGGAAGAGACACGUAGAUCAAAUAAGGAAAUGUGGGAAGUCGAUUGAAUUAUCCCAAGCUGAUACUGAAAUUCCAAUUUACGAUAAAGAAUUGAAUUUUCCAGAUGAGCCAGUAUCCGAUGAUGUUGCUGAAUCGGAACCGCCUGCACCUGUACCUGAAGUUGUCCCUGAACCUAAGGAUGUACCUGUAUCUGCCACUCCAAGUGAUGAGAUGCCACCUGGGCCUGUACCAGAUGCUUCCGGAAAGCCGAAAACUGAUGUACCACUCCGACGCUCAAACCGAAUCAGGAGACCUCCAGAGAGACUGGUCCUGUGA